CGGAGGCUUCUUCCUAAGUACGUUACUCACCAACCAAUUCGACCACCCAGAGAUCUCUGCCUUCAUACAUCGCUAGCCAAUAUUUCUCUUCCAACCAUUCCCAAUCUUUUUUAAAACCAAUUCAGCCUCUUUCCUUCCUCUCCCAAGAACCAUAAUCACAACCAACACCUAAACCCUAGUUCUUUGUUUUAAAACUUCUCAUCAUUUUUUUUUAAAGCAUAAAAAAAAAAUAUAAACAAACAAACGAGAAAACAAAAACACUAUAAGAUAUGAUGAUUAUGAAAUAUAAGAUUUGAAGUGGCUGAGACCCUCUCGCAUGGAAAACCACCCCAGAAGCCCAGAGGCUCAUCCACACCAUCAGAAGUGGGGCACGUUGGAGGAGCUCUUGCUUGCCUCCGCCGUCCAGCGUCAUGGCUUUAAGGAUUGGGACGCCGUCGCCAUGGAGGUCCAGAACCGAACUACCCUCCCCAACCUCCUCGUCACCGCUCACCACUGCCGCCAGAAAUUCCUCGAUCUCAGACGCCGAUUCGCCGCCCAACGCGACGGCGCUGUCUCCGACGCACUCGCCGCCGGGGACGACGUCGAUCACGUCCCCUGGCUUGACGAAUUGAGGAAGCUUCGUGUCGCUGAACUCCAGGCAGCCGUCCAGCGCUCCGACGUCUCCAUUCUGUCGUUGCAGCUGAAGGUGAAGAGGUUGGAGGAAGAGAGAGGGAAGAGCUUGAAGGAGAACGUUGGAGAAGGGGAAGAAAAACCGGAUCUGGCCGGCUCCGGCGACUCGAGACCGCAAAACGACAAAAAAGGCGGACCUGAAAAAGCUCCUGUGCCGGCGAGUGCCGAACCGGCAACACGACUCGACGGGGAUCAUAAUAUUAAGCAACCGACGAGUGACGAAUCCGACCGGGACAACCAGUCCGUUAACGAGUCUAACUCGACGGUUUCCGUCGGGAAAACCGGGGAGGGAGAAGUGAAGCUAGAACCGAACCCGGUCCAGGCCGGUCCGAAUGAACCAGAUGCGGUCGAGAGGAAAGGCAAUCCGCUCGGAGAAGAAUCUAAUAACGGAAGCUACGACGCGACGGCGAAAGUGCCGACGGGUGAUUCACUUCCUCCGAGUGAGGAGAGGAAGGUGGAGGACUCGUCGGAGUUGCGAGACUCGGUGACGCACUCGAGGGAUGGUGGUGGCGACGGAGGGACGAGGGAGAGCAGUGAGGUGCAGAGCUCGGCGAGUUUGACGAGGAAAAGAAAGCCGAGGCGGAGGAAGGAGGAGGAGGAGCCGCCGGCGAACGACGAGGUGUCCGCGAAAGUUCAGCCGUUGAUCGGGGUGUUGGAUUUGAUCAAAGGUCACGAUCACAGCUCAUUGUUCGAGCGCCGUCUUGAGAGCCAGGAAUUGGAAAGAUACAAGAACAUAGUACGACAGCAAAUGGAUUACGAGACCAUAAAGCGGCGACUCCGAAACGGGACUUAUUCUCGCUGCACUCAGGCUUUCUUCCGUGAUCUCCUCCUCCUCUUCACCAACGCCGCCGCCUUCUUCCCCAAAGACUCCGCCGAGUCACGCACUGCACAGCAGUUGGGCCACCUUGUCUCCGCCGAGGUCAUCCACCACAUCCCGCCGCCCCGAUCUGAACCCCAUCCCAGAAACCCAGAUUCUCUCCCACCAAACCCAUCAUCAUCAACAAAACCAAACCCUGAUUCACUCUUGUCAAAACACACAGCUUCUGCUCCUAUAUUGGUCUGCCGGAAACGCAGUGCAUUUUCAACGAAACCUUCUACUUCCUCCGCCGCCUUUGGCCGAAAAGGUGACUUAACGGCCCAUGAGAAGAAGAAGCCAGCUUUGGAUACAAAACCACCCCCAUUGAAGCCAUCUUCUUCUGAUACAGAUGAUGAACCUCCCAAGAAAAAGGAAAAGCCUGUCACCGGAGUAAGGAGCCUGAGAAGAAGCAACAAAAGCAUCACUGGCAACUCCAACAAGAAGGCAGCCAUGACCAGCAAGCCACCGGAGACGCCAAAACCAGAUAAGAGCAAAGCAGAUGGUUCCUCAGGAACAGAUAAAAAGAGGAGCGCGGCGGCGGAUUUCUUGAAAAGGAUAAAGCGAAGUGCUCCGGCAGAGCCAUUGAGAAGUGGUGGUAAUAGCAGCAAAGGUGGGGUAAGUGGUGGAAAAGAUCAGAAGAAGAUGAUCGGUGGUGGUAAAGGAGACAGAGGGAAAGACAAAGCAUCCAAGCACGGCGGCGGCAGUAGCAGCUCCGGCGACAAAAAGAAUGAGAAUGAGAAUAGUAGUCAAUCAAAGAGGAGUGUAGGAAGGCCUCCAAAGAAGGUGGCAGAAACUAGUAAUGUUUCUGGAAAGCGUGGCAGGGAAAGUGGUGGAAGGGAUAAGAGGCCCAAGAAGCGAUCUAAGAAGUAAUUGCGUGUAUAUUAUUUUGACCACUCACAGGUAGUAUUUCUUUCUUUCUCCUAUACACCGUUAUUUAAUUUAUUUAGCUGUGUUAGUAUUUACCUAGUCCUAGAGCAGUUUUUCAUUUUCUUCACUGUUACUUCCUUGUCUAAACCCGUAAUGUAAACAUUGUUAAACCUGUAAUAUCUUCACAGUGAAGGCAUAGCUAGUGCUUAUUGCCGUU